CUGCUGGUUAUAAGAUUAUGCUGCUGGGGGAUCAAGUUCGUAAAGGAGACUUGGUUCUACCGUUUCUGUUUGAAGCUCGUCUCACAAAUGCCAAUAGCACGCGUCAAUCGUAUCCACUUUCAAUCACUUUACUUCAAGUCCUAGAAAAUAUAGACAUUACUAGCCUUCCUGAUGACUUUCACAAGCAAAGGGCAACUUUCAAACUUGAAAAGGAUAUAGAGGAGAUGAAGCUGAACUAUUUCUACGUGAAAAUCCAAAAACAGCUAUCUGAUAAAGACUGGGAAGUAGGACUUAUGUAUAAGAUAAUUGAUCGAUAUUUUGGCCUAAUCACCCUUCCAAAAGGUACCAAGUCUAAAGAUAUUGGAUUACAGUUAUCAUGUCCCAUGCCGUCAUUUGACAGUAGCGAAGAAUAUCUUGCUUAUUGGAAAACAGAUCCAACACCUAAGAAGGGUGAGCAAAUAACCAACUUUUCAAUGAAACCGCCUACAAUUCUUGAUCAGCCCAAGCUAAUGCAUCAACCUGACUCUCCGAUAACUUUAACCUCUCCACAGUCGGAAAAUGAUCCAAUGAAGUUUCUUUAUGCAAGAUACUUCAGUAUACUUUAUUCUUUGAAUACUCCACUAAGUUACUUUCCGAAAACUUCCUUGGUAAGAUUUAAAAAUUUAUGUGAUAACGAUGGGCAUAAAAUUAAAGCAAAUUUACAAAAACUUUAUCUUACAAUUAACGAAUUCGAUAUCAGACAUGAAGGCAGAUUAGGCUUGUUAAAAUCAGUUGAUCGAACCGAAGUAUCUUCUUGUAAUACCAAAGAGAGAUAUGAAAUAGAAAGCCAACAAGAGUUUGUGAAAAAGAAUCAUAUACUGCCUUUACUUUCCAAGAACAGUGAAAGCCAGUUCAGCAAAGAGGCUUCAUCAGAUACUGCUGAGGUGAAUUCUGUAAAUGCUCCUAUGACAUUAGAGGAAAAGUUAAGUGCAUUAACACUAGAUCUUAAAGUUAGAGAAGCUCAGCUUCAAAUUUUGAUCUCUUUGGAACUCAUUUCUCUUUUGGAGAUUCAAGAAAAUGUCUUUCUAGAUCAAAAUUUGAAACGUCAAGAAUCCGAGUUUGAGAAAUCAAAGAAAGCUGUUAAACCAUCUCUCGUGAGGAAGAGAAAGAAUAAGUCUUCGAAAAAGAUCAUGCCUACUUUCUUGGGUAUGGGUAUCAAUGUUGAUGAGCUGAAAGUUUUAAUAAAUGAGCCCACAACAAUAAAAAUAGACGAAUACUCCUUAUUUUCCUCGAUGACUACCCUUGUUGAUAGAAUGGGUAUUUGGGAUACUCUAGCUGGAGUAACAACUUCUAAAAAGGAUGAUAGCGCAUUUGGAUUUGUUGCUUAUGUUCUAAUACCUUAUUUCAAUAGGAAACUUCCAUGGGUCAUCAAAUUUAUAAUCAAUAAAUUCAAAUCCCUGAAUCCCAAACUUGUACCUAAAAAGGAUAGGCGUUCUAAAAGCAGCAAUGGUUCAGAAGACAAAAAAGUAUCUAAACCUGGUGUCCCUAUUGAAAAAGCAGAUUCUUCAUCCAAACCCAAAGAUCGCUCAUCAAGAUUCCCUAAAAAACCUUUGGGGUCUCAGAGAGUGCCUUUUCUUCACAAAUCUUCAUCUUCCAGUCGAUCAAAUAGAGAAUCAUCUCUCAGUGACGAUUUGCUCCCAGCUUUUGCUUUGAAAAGAUCCAAGUCUUCUCUUUCUACUAAGAAUCUUGAGCGGCGACAAGUUGACAUAUCGGUGAACUUGAAAGACGAUUCUAAGAUAAGUAAAAGCAAGUCAUUGACUGAAAAUGACAAGCUUAAUCGUAAUAAGAAUUUGGACUUCAAUAAGCCUUCUAUUUUUGGUGAUGCUAGAAGAAUUAAAUCUACAGCUAACUCAUUCAAGCCUGUGGAAUCGACUACUCAAAUUGAGGCCACCCCUGCAAAGAAGAUGAAUGGUAAUCCCGUGAGAUCUCAUGAAACCAUUAUUACUGCAACACCUUCGAAAGACAGAAUUUUAAAGCAAAGCCAACUGACACUCACUAUUAGUCAAACGCCAACCAUUGAUCGUUCCUCGACAACUAUAAUACCUGUUUCCACUGCAAAGCAACCAUCUGUAUCAGAAAGAUUGAUGGAGAUAAAUUUGAAACCACCUUCCUACAAUCAAGCAAUUACCUCUUCACCUGUUCAUGAAGGAAGUGAGGUCACUUCAUCCCCAGUUGCUGAAAAACGCCAUGAAUUUACAAUUCCUGAUAAUUCUCCUGUAAAAUAUGGUAUCACUUCUUCCCCAGUAAUCGAUUCGAGCGAAAGACUGAAACGCAAAAGACCUGGUGAACCAGUUAGUAUAACUGAAUCUCCGUUUUUCAAUUCGACAUUGAAUGGUUCACCGUUUUCUUCCAAAGGGAAAAGCUUAUAUAACGAUUUGAAUGCCGCAAGAAGUAAUUCUGUGUUCAGAAGAGGUAACGUACGCAAAAGAAUGAAAUCCGAUACCAAAAUAGCAUCUAUGAAACUCCAGAACGAAAUAGGUAACGGUCAGGAAACUGACGAUGACGAAGAAGUCACUAAAAACGCCAAUGAAAAAAUUCCAAAUUUACAGCUUCAUCUCCACAAUGGUCAUGAUAAUGAUGUGGAGGAACAACAGGCCAACUCGCAAAAGUUAGAUGAUGAUUCUGAUUCUGACUUUGAAAGGUUAACAAAAGCAUCAGAACUGAAAUCUAUUAAGACAUACAGUAAAUCGAGGCCAUCUAUACUGACUCAUCCUUAACGAAUUCCUUUACGAUUUAAUGAUUUAAAUGUAUUAUAGCAUAGAAAC